GGGGCUUCGGAGAGAGUCGCCAGGGUCGUCCCGAGCCUCUGACGGCGCGCCCCAUGGCUGAGUCCCCCGCCGGCGUCCAGGCCCGGGCCCACCGCGGCUCGCGAAAGGCCGCAGGUGCUAAACAGAGGAGUACCUUGAAACAAGAAGAUGCUUCUAAAAGGAAAGCAGAACUAGAAGAGACUGUGAGAAAGAAGAUUGAGUUUGAGAGAAAAGCUCUACAUAUUGUUGAACAGCUUUUAGAAGAAAAUAUUACAGAAGAAUUCUUAAUAGAGUGUGGGAAUUUAAUCACACCUGCUCACUACAGUGAUGUUGUGGAUGAACGUUCUAUUAUCAAGCUCUGUGGUUAUCCCUUAUGUCACAAGAAGCUAGGAAUUGUACCAAAACAAAAAUAUAAAAUUUCUACCAAAACCAAUAAGGUCUAUGAUAUUACUGAAAGAAAGUGUUUUUGCAGCAAUUUUUGUUAUAAAGCAUCUAAGUUUUUUGAAGCACAAAUUCCUAAAACUCCAGUAUGGGUUCGAGAAGAAGAAAGGCACCCUGAUAUUCAGCUGCUACAGGAGGGACAAAGUGGCCAUUCUGGAGAAGAAGUACAGUUAUUCAAUAAGGCCAUUAAAACAUCAGAUGUUGACAAUCCUGGCCAUAUUGAGAAGCAGUAUGAAUCUAAUUUUUCUAGCACUCAUAGCGAUAGUAGCAGUGAUAAUGAGCAAGACUUUGUUUCCUCCAUUCUACCAGGAAACAAACCAAAUGCAAAGGGUAUAAGGCAACAGCUUCACAAAAAAAGCAUCAUGAAAAAGAAAGCUUGUCAAAAAUCUAACUUCAAGCAAGAAGACAAAGAACAGGCAGUAAUAAAUAUUACUGAGCAGUUAGGCAAUUGCAGAUUAGAUAGUGAGGAGAAAGCUAUUCCUUGUGAACUUCCUUUACAAAAGGUAAAUACUCAGGUUUCUUUAAAUAGUCCUUCAAGAGAAAAAUUAGAUGCUUCAGAAAUUCCUGAAAAGAAAUACAGUAGUUCAGAAAUAACUUUAGUAGGCAUAAGUAAGAAAAGUGCUGAGCAUUUUAAGAGGAAAUUUGUCAAAUCAAACCAAGUUUCCAGGUCAGCUUCUAGUUCAGUGCAGGUGUGUCCUGAAGUUGCAAAGACAAACUUACUUAAAGUACUGAAGGAGACUUUGAUUGAGUGGAAGACAGAAGAAACUUUGAAGUUUUUGUAUGGCCAGAAUUAUGCUUCUGUGUGUCUAAAACCCUCGUCAGCCCCUCUGGUUAAAGAAGAAGAGCUUGAUGAAGAUGACAUAAAUUCUGACCCAGAUAGUCACUCCCUCUCCUUGCGGGAAUCUCAGGACAGCUUGGAUGCGUCUUUGCCUUUCAGAACCUCAGAUACAGCCAUUAAACCACUGCCAAGUUAUGAGAGCUUAAAGAAGGAAACGGAAACAUUAAACCUAAGGAUCAGAGAGUUUUAUAGAGGACAAUACAUUUUAAAUGAAGAAACCACCAAAUCGCAAGACUCACAAGAGCACGAUCCCACCUUUCCACUGAUAGAUUCAAGUUCUCAGAACCAGAUUAGAAAACGCAUCGUACUCGAAAAAUUGAGUAAAGUAUUGCCUGGACUUUUGGGGCCUCUUCAAAUUACAUUAGGAGAUAUUUACACACAACUUAAAAAUCUUGUUCGAACUUUCAGAUUAACAAAUAGAAAUAUUAUACACAAACCUGCAGAAUGGACCUUAAUUGCUAUGGUGUUGCUGUCAUUACUGACCCCGAUUCUUGGCAUUCAGAAGCAUUCUCAGGAAAAUAUGAUGUUUACACAGUUUCUAGCCACCCUGCUUGAAGAAUUGCAUUUAAAGAAUGAAGACCUUGAAAAUUUAACCAUCAUAUUUAGAACCAGCUGUUAAAUAGAGUGAAUCUGGACAUAGUUUAGCAUAGGGCCUCUGGUUCAGAGUCUCAUCGAGGUUGCAGUAAAGCUAUCCGCCGGGACUGUGAUGCCAUCUGAGGGCCCAAUGGAAGAAGAUCCCCUUUUCUAAGCUCAUUCGUGUGGUUGUUGGCAGGAUCAGUUCCUCACAGGUUGUUGAACUCGGGGCCUGUCUCUCACUGACCCUUGUCUAGAGGCCCCUCCCAUUUCCUCCACAUGGGUCUCUCUACAGUGCGCCUCACAGCGUGGCACGUGGCUCCCCUCAAAGUGAGACGGUACCCAAGGCGGAAGCCACACUCUUUUUGUAACUAAUCUCAGAAGUGACAUCCCAUUACUUUUGCUGUAUUUCAUGACUGACUAGAAACUAAUCACCAGGUCUAGCCACACUUAAAGUGAGGGGAUUGUAUCGAUAUAAGGAUGUGAGUACCAAGAGUCAAGGAUCAUUGGGGGCCAACUUAGAAGCUGUCUAAUAUAUCAAUAGAUGGCAAAGUUCCCAGCUUUAUACAGAGUGGGGCAUAAGUAACGUUGUUCAUAUGGGAAAUACAAUAAUUAAUAAACUGUUUUGUGUCCUCACAGCUGUAAACCUCCUUUUGCCCCAUCCUAUAUAAAAUACCACACUGUCCAAGUGAAAUCUUGAGCUUCACACUAAAUUCAGGGCACCCCUGAACCAAUCCAUGUAGCCACAGGUAUGCUAUAAGCUAACCCACUCCUUCUAUGAAGUGAUGGGGCAGAGGAGGAUUUUCUUGUUGACCUAGUCAGGGGUCCUCAAACUUUUUAA